UUAAGGCAAAACAACAUUAUUACGAUGUGUUUUGGGACGACUCACCCCACAGUCGGGAAUGAUUCGGGUAUUUGGUCGGGAACCCGGUUCCGAUUACAGUCCAGUGCCCGGACCCGGCGUAGGGUAUAUGCCUCAGGAGUUGGCGCUCUUUCCAGACUUUACCAUAAAAGAAACGCUCAGAUAUUUCGGACAAUUAUACCGAAUGUCACCUAAAGAUAUCAAAUCGAGGACUAAGUUCUUGAUAACUCUUUUGCAUUUACCCGAGAAGAAUAGAUUAGUGUCACAGCUGUCAGGUGGACAACAACGUCGUGUGUCCCUGGCCUCAGCACUGGUACAUCACCCGCCGCUCCUGAUAUUAGACGAACCGACCGUAGGUGUGGAUCCAGUGCUUCGUAAAGCAAUUUGGGAGCACUUGGACGCCCUGUGCAAAGAGGACGGUCUGUCUGUCAUCAUAACGACUCAUUACAUAGAGGAGGCGCGAACUGCAGAGACGGUGGGACUCAUGAGAUUCGGGCGACUCUUAGUUCAGGACAAUCCGGACGCUCUGUUACAACACCACGACUUACCCACUCUGGAGGCCGUCUUCCUGAAGUUGUGUCAAUUAGAUUCAGCACAAGUGCCAGAGAUCUCCAGCAGAGAUGUGGCCCGAUAUAACGCACCCGAAGGCAGUAUCACUAUAUCUACCAUUGAGAACGAGAAGAAGAACUUA